AUGGAAACGACGCGCUCGUUCAGGCGACUCCUGCUGGUAGAUAUGAACCAGAGCUCCAGCGUGGGCUUUGGGGGUGGGGGUCCCCGCUGUGACUCGGGAUCGUGGGGGUGGGUGCAGCCUUUGUCCUCGCCCCACAAAUCAGCGCCAAACCCCGGACACGUCCUGCUCUAUAAAGGCUCCAAUCUCCGGAGCCGUUCACACCUGCGACAAAAGGCAGAGCCAGCGAACCCGAGAGAGAGCAGCGAACCCCGGGCACCAGCCAGCGCCAGAGCACGGACUGUGGAGAGGGGGGGGGAGGACUGUGGAGAGGGGUGGAGGACUGUGGAGAGGGGGGGGGGGGGGGAGGACUGUGGGGGGGGGGGGGGGGAGGACUGUGGAGAGGGGUGGAGGACUGGAGAGGGGGGGGGGACUGUGAGGACUGUGGAGAGGGGUGGAGGACUGGAGAGGGGGGGGGACUGUGGAGAGGGGGGGGGGGAGGGACUGUGGAAGAGAUGGGGUGGAGGACUGGAGAGGGGUGGAGGACUGUGGAGAGGGGGGGGGGGGGAGGACUGUGGAGAGGGGUGGAGGACUGUGGGAGAGGGGGGGACAUCAGAACAUCCUCGCUAG